AUGUAUGAAGCUACACAGCAAGAUGAAACACUACAGAGAGUGGUUAAUUCAAUAGUGAAAGGAUGGCCAGAUGAUCGUAGUAAGUGUACGCCAGAUGUAGUUCCGUAUUGGAAUUUCAGAAAUGAACUCACUGUCAUUAAUGGACUAGUAUUUAAAGGAACUAGACUAGUCAUUCCAGCUAAGCUACGGAAGGAAAUGCUGACAAAAAUACACCAUGGACAUCUUGGAAGAGAAAAAUGUAAGAAACGUGCUCGUGAACUUUUAUUUUGGCCUAACAUGAAUGCAGAGAUAAACGAAGUGGUGGAUAACUGUGAUGUUUGUCAGAGAUUCGCGAUGAAACAGCAAGCUGAACCGUUACAACCUACUCCAGUGUCCAAAUCGCCAUGGGAACGCGUAUCAACAGAUUUGUUCUCAUUAGGAGGGAAAGAUUACAUUGUAACUUGUGAUAGUUUCUCAAACUACCCAGAAGUUUUGUUAUUGCCAAACCAAACAGCGUUUGCGGUUAUCAAUGCGUUAAAAAGUAUAUUUUCACGUCAUGGUGUACCACAGAUUCUUACAAGUGAUAAUGGACCGUGUUACAGCUGUCGAGAAUUUAAAGACUUUGCGAGAGAAUGGGACAUUAAACACAUAACCAGUAGUCCAAAAUUCCCACAGUCUAAUGGACUUGCAAAGAGAACUGUACAAACAAUAAAGAACAUGAUGAAAAAACAUAAGGAGAGCAACCAAGAUAUCCAUAUGGCACUCUUAGCAUACCGUACAACACCUUUAGGAAAUGGCCGUUCACCCGCAGAGAUGCUAAUGGGGAGAUGUCUAAAAACAAAUCUACCUAACUACAUAGAGAAAUCAAGAAUUGAGAAAGCUGACAACAAUUCUACUGAAAUCAUGAAAUGGCGUGAAAAUGAAAAACAGAAGCAGAAACACUAUUAUGAUCAGAGAAAUCAUGUUAAAUCGCAUGUCAAUCUUGCACCCGGUGACAAGGUUCGAAUCCAGGAGCAAAACGCCUGGUCAACAGAUCGCGCAACAGUUUUGAAUGAAUUAGGUCCUAGAUCUUAUCUAAUUCGUAGAAAUCGUAAACAUCUCAAGUUAAUUCCUGAUGAUGAAGAGUUGCCCAAGACUGGGAACAAUGUUCUGGAACCCAUUCCUGAUGAUGUGCCUGAUCAGACCAAUGUUUCUGAUACAGAUGUGGAACCAAAAACUAGUAGAUGUGGAAGAACUGUUAAAAGGCCACAGAGAUUAAUUGAACAGUGUUAA